AUGUUCAAGAAAAUCAAUCUUUUUCAUGGCCAAAGCCUCCGACUUUUGAACUCUACCGCGGUCUUGCCACUUUCUCGUUUCAACAACAUCUCUCCAAGAUAUGGACUGGAGGCACCAUACAAAAGCAGGAGUUAUGCCACCGCAGCAGGGUUCCCACAUCAGAACUACUCAUGGCCCACCGAUCCAUCUUUCACCCCUUAUGAUGUCUUGAAUCUACCCCGCAGCGCGACGUACUCGAAAAGAAACUACUAUGACCUCGUUAAGAUCUACCACCCCGACCGACCUCUCAAAGACCAUCCUCUCUUCCAUCAAUUAACUGCUGAAACUCGAUUGCGCCGCUACCGAAUUGUGGUUGAUGCACAUGAAAUCCUGUCCGAUCCGAUCAGACGAGCGGCCUAUGACCGAAAUGGCACUGGCUGGAUCCAUGCGGCACUGGAUACAACAAUAGAACGCAACUCACAUGGACCGAAUAUCUACUCGAAUGCCACAUGGGAAGAUUGGGAGGACUGGCAUAACCGCCAUCAAGGGCCGCAGCAGCAUAUUGUCGACCAUCGGACCUUCUCUCGGCUUGUAAUCCUCUUGGUGCUGUUUGCAGGCGCCCUUCAAGCAUCAUGGCUUGGGCAGAUGAAUACUGGCUACAAUGAUCGACUACGUGAGGUCAACGAGAAGUCGGCGCGUGUCCUACAGGCCCGCAGAGACAACACCGUCAAACAGAUGGAUUCAAAUGAUGCGCGCGUGCAAGGUUUUCUCAUUCGGAGAGACCCCACGGGGUCGGGUUUGAAGGAUAACGAGCAACCGGUUUAUCAGAGGGAGUUGAAUCCUCGGCGCGGUUUGGAUGAGGCCGAUCAAGCUGGCAAAAAUAGCCGAGAUCCUGCACAGCCAGUGGACUUGAAGUCGGAACCUGAAGAACUCUCCUAG